AUUAUUAUACAAAAGUGAGAUCCAUCAGCUGCUCUGCAAUCAAAACAAUCCAAAUUUGUUGCGAAAUUGUUGAUAAACUGGACUAAUAAAAAAGCUUAAACAUGGGUCGUGCGGAAGUGGGUACUCCCAAGUACCUAGCCAACAAGAUGAAGUCGAAAGGCCUGCAGAAACUGCGAUGGUACUGUCAAAUGUGUCAAAAGCAGUGCCGCGACGAGAAUGGCUUCAAGUGCCACACCAUGAGUGAGUCCCACCAGCGCCAGUUGCUCCUCUUUGCCGAUUCCCCGGGCAAAUUCCUGCACAGUUUCAGUAAGGAGUUCUCCGACGGCUAUAUGGAGCUAUUACGCCGACGAUUUGGCACCAAACGGACCAGCGCCAACAAGAUCUACCAGGAGUAUAUCGCACACAAGGAGCAUAUCCAUAUGAACGCAACGCGAUGGCUCACCCUUUCUGACUACGUUAAGUGGCUUGGUCGGACGGGGCAGGUGAUAGCAGACGAGACAGAGAAGGGAUGGUUCGUAACCUACAUCGAUCGAAGUCCGGAGGCCAUGGAACGGCAAGCGAAAGCCGAUCGCAAGGAGAAGAUGGAGAAGGAUGACGAAGAGCGAAUGGCUGAUUUUAUUGAGCAACAAAUAAAAAAAGCGAAGUCCAAAGACGGUGAGGACGAUGAAGGCCAGGAGAAGUUCACCGAAUUAAAGCGCGACGAGAACGAACCCCUUAAACUGGAUAUUCGCCUGGAGAAAAAGUUUCAGCCUGAAACUGUGCUUGGAAAAUCAGCUCUAUCCAAACGACCUGCCUCUGAAGUGGAUGAAAAAGUCUUUAAAAAACCCAAAUCCGUGGCUGGAGACAGCCAGACACGCUCUGCACUGGAUGACAUUAUCAAGCAGGAGGAGGCCAAGAAGGAGCGCGCCAAUCGGAAAGACUACUGGCUGCACAAGAACAUUGUGGUGAAGUUUAUCUCGAAGUCUAUGGGUGACAAAUUCUUCAAACAGAAAGCGGUUGUCCAAGAAGUAAUUGACAAAUACCAAGCUAAGAUUAAAUUCUUAGACACAGGGGAAAAGCUGAAAGUGGAUCAAGCUCAUUUGGAGACUGUAAUACCCGCUUUGGAUAAAACAGUUAUGGUGGUCAAUGGCGCUUAUCGUGGAUCUGAAGCUUUGCUAAGGAAGUUAGAUGAGCGCAAAUAUUCAGUCAGUGUUGAGAUCUUGCAUGGUCCCCUAAAAGGACGUGUUGUGGACAAUGUACAGUACGAGGACAUAUCUAAAUUGUCCGGCACAUAGUUUUACUUUUCUUAAUCUAAGAUCUAUAGAUGUACCUUUUGUAAUUCGAAAAUACUAUACUCGUAUCACAAUGCGUAACCAUUAUUGGAAAAAGGCUGAGAGCGAACUAAACUAAAAUCUGCACAUUAUAAGUUCGUUACUUAAACUUGGCCCGCCUAGCAUUUAGGUUAAUUAAACAUGACUUUUUACUGGA